CUGCAUCUCAAGCAUAUAAAUAUAACCCUUGAAAAAUUGAAAGAGGGGAACCAGGCUUGGAAGCUCGAAAUCCAUGGAGUUCUUAGAUGAAUAUGAGAGCAAGCCUAGGUUCAUGUUCCAAUCCAAGCAUCUCCCCGAUGAAUCUCUUCACAAUUCCUCCUCCUCCUUCUCUCUCUCUUCUCUCCACAAGCCCACCCUCUUCAUUUCCCUUUCCCUCUCUCUGCUCCUCUUCUCCCUCGCCCUAAUUCACUUCAAUUUCGAACCCCUCAAAUCCCUCUUCCUAUGGCUCUCCCUAUCCCUUCUAAUCGGCCCCUUCGCGCCCCCCUCUCUCACCGCCGGCGACAUCCGCGUCGGCGUCGGCCCGCCGCUGGAGGAAAUCCCCGCCGCUCCGAUUGAAUUCACCGAAAAACCUAGCAGAAAAUCGGCAAAAUCAGCCAGGAAAGCAUCUGAAGAAACCGAGGGGAAUUUGGGGAAUUCGAACGCGAUCGAUUUAUCUCGUUCCGAUCUGCCCAAGCAGCGAUCCGGCAGAUCGUCAAUUGAGGCGGUGGUUGAGGCCAAGGCGGAGGAGUGGGGCGAGGGCGACGACGAGAUGCUGAAGAAGCUGAUGGGGAAGCACCCGGUGGGGAAGCCGGGGCGGUGGGAGGCCAUAGCGGAGGGUUUCAAGGGGAGGCACAAGGUGGAGACUGUGAUCGCGAAAGCCAAGCACAUUGGAGAGAAGAAGGGCAGCGAUCAGGAUUCUUACGCCAAGUUUCUCAAGGAUCGGGAGAAGAGGCAUGUUGAGGAGGAGGAUGCGAUGAAGGAGAGCGGAUGGAGUGCCACGGAGGAUCUAGCAUUGCUCAAUGCAUUGAAGGCGUUUCCUAAGGAGGUGGCGAUGCGGUGGGAGAAAGUUGCGGCUUCUGUUCCGGGGAAAACCAAGGCUGCAUGUGUUGCCAGAAUGGCCGAGCUCAAGAAGGAUUUUCGGACUUCUAAGGCUUCUGCCCAACCUUCUUCUUAGGAUAUGUAUCCAAUAAGGGGAUUUGAUGGACAAGGGUUUAAUACAGAUCAUCUGACUAUAUCAUAUGCUUGGUCUUCUUGGUCAAAUGUAAGAUGUGUAUUGAAUAAGGGGGUUUGAUGGAUGAGGGUUUAAUACCAAUCAUUUGACUGUAUCAGAUGUUUGGUCUUCUUGAUCAAAUGAAGGAUGUGUAUUCAAUAAAGGGAUUUGAUGGAUAAGAAGGGUUUAACAAAAUCUGUUCGCUAUAUUAGAUGUUUGCUUUUCUUGGUCAAAUGUAGGGUAUAUAUGCAAUAAGAGGUGCUCACUUUUAGAGUUUUAGUGAAAGAUUCAAUCAACGUUAUGAUUGAGUACUGAAGGAUAAACUGAUAAAAGAAGCUUACUUGUUCGGUCCAUCAAUCCAUCAAAGUAUGUCGUGGAUUAGCCUAUAAUUUUUUCUAUCCAUCCAUCUAUCUAUCUAGCUAUCAAGAUAUGGCAUUAGCAAUUUGCUGCAUUUGCUUUUUUAUAAACUUUUCUCUUUUUUGGUUUUCAUUGUUUUGUAUAAAGUUGUUUGUGCAUUCAUAAUUAUUAAAAUAGUGAGAAUGGUCAUAAGCCAGAACCUAGCAUAAAAACAA